UGCAGCCAGGCGGAGCAAUCGUUGACCGACUGAAGGAGGGCAGAGAGGCGGACAGAUGUGAACCGGACUACGAAAAGACAACAAGCUGCCGUCAAGACGGAGACUCUUUCACACUGAUAAUAUGUGGCAACCAGCGUCGGAACGACUGCAGCACUUUCAGAGCAUGCUGAAGACCAAGCUGAAUGUGCUGACGCUAAGGAAGGAGCCGUUGCCCACGGUGAUCUUCCAUGAGCCAGAGGCCAUUGAACUUUGCUCCACCACACCGCUUACAAAGAACAGGACCCAUGCUGGAUACAAGGUGACCUACCUGGGCAAGGUGACGAUUUCUGGGACCAACUUCCUGUCCGGUUGCACAGAGUCAGCGGUGGUUGGUCUGGUGGAGCACCGUGGCCUUGCUCAGCAGCAGGGUACAUGCCCAUCAGGCAGCUCUUUGCUGGAGAUACGGCCCUUCCAGGUACGUCUCCACCACCUGGAUGGGCAAGCAGAGGCCUCAGUAACCAUGGACACCUACCAGGUGGCGCGGAUCGCCUACUGCACAGCCGACCACAGCAUCCGACCCAACAUAUUUGCCUGGAUCUACCGGGAGAUCAACGAUGACCUGUCCUUCCAGAUGGACUGCCACGCUGUGGAGUGUGAGAGCAAGCUGGAGGCUAAAAAGCUAGCACACUCGAUGAUGGAGGCCUUUCGCCAGACUUUCCACAGCAUGCGCAGUGACGGGCGCAUCCAUAAGAGUGGCUCGUCAGAUGAGUUUGCUGAAGAUUCGUCUACCCCUGAAGAUUCGACUCCAGACGAUGGUUGAACUGGCAAUCAUCAAAACUCCUGAUCCCCAUUCUUGCAAAACAAGGGGUGAAGGGAAAGACGGUCAGAUUAGCUGCUCUCUCUCAUUCUCCCCUAUUACUUUCUUAAUGGACAAUAGCAGACUCUCAGAAUCUACUCACUCACUCUAUUCGUGAUAAAAUUAACUUUUGAAGUCCAGUCAAAAAACAAAAACAAAAAACUGUUGGGCUUCUGAGAGUAAAGUCACCCUGAAGACAUUUCUUUGAUAUUUACAUUCCCAUUUUCCACAUGGGUCAUUCUUGUACCGAACAGAGCUACUUGUCUGUAGUUCUUAAAGCUUUUCCCUUAAGGGAACAGCAAAACACAAUCCCUGUUUUUCAGACCCUGUCUCAAGGAACCCAGUUGUUACCAUGUCAGGAACCAGCAGUGUUAGGACUCUGACUAUUUGUGGCCCCAAUCCAGAGUUUAGGAGACUACAUUGAUUCUAUAAGCAAGACUCAUGGUUACAAAGCCUUUGUCUUGGGUAAAUUCCAACAAAGUUCUACAUGAAAAGCACUACAUCAGCUUUAUGGUACCUUUUCCAGACCCCCAGAAUUUGCCUAAAGGAUUCACUCAUGUGGAUGGUACUAAUUAAUUACUGUACAAAGGUACUUCAGGACGUGUAAGGCAGCAGAGAAACGUAGGUACCGGGUAGAUGUUGGGCGGGCAGCUGGAGCAGCUCUGUGACAUUUCAUAUCUUAUUUCUGUUUCAAACAUACCAAAAUCCAGGCUUACUGCCUGUCAGAUGAUGUGCCUCGAAUCCAUCUCACCUUAGCUUGGUCUAGGUCCUAUUUAGUAUGUGUGACCAUGAAUGUGUGUGCUAUCCCAUUCUGUUGUAUCUUUGUGUUUAGAUGUGAUUGUGUACAACACACAAGCGCUCGUAGCCUGUUUAGAAUCAAACAAGCCAGACAAAUAGUAGAGGUAAAGGAUAUUGUGUGAUCGGUUUGAGAAAGAUCUCGGACAUCUCCCCGCCUCGACCAAAUGUAUGAAGAGUCCUUUUUUGAGUUGAGUCAACUUAAAGUCGCGCGUCCGGCUGAAAAGCGUUUUUGAGUUGAGUCAACUUAAAGUGUGAGUGCUACACACCUUCUCCAGUCAGCUCAGUCUCCUACAAUCUCCUCAUGCCAUCACAGACAGCCUGUGAUAGUCACCGCCGUGACGCCGUAGUCAGCAGAUGAUUGGUGGAUUUGAUCCUUCAUGUGCUCCAAAAGAACGAUGAGGCAGUGCUGGUAGGCACACACACACGCAGCCUAUAAACCAGGCUUCAAGCAAAGUAACCACAAAGUUGGGUGAAUCAAACGUCUAAUUCUGCAUACUGUAUGAACGUGCACAUUGUAUUGGACUCCCACUUAAUAAGCUUAUGUAAAUACAAAUAUAUCAGUUUUUGAAUAUUACAGCAUAAAUGUUGAUAGAUAUUUUAAAUUAAAAAGAGCUGACAAAUAACGUACGAUAAAGAAACAGUGUUAUGAAGCCUACUGUGAAUCAUAAGUGGAGAGUCUGAUAGGAGUGGUUUAUGUGUGUGUGUGUGUGUGUGUGUGUUAGUGUGUUGAAUGAGAUUGAAUGUGGCUGGAAGAGAUGUGUGCAGGUUCAAGAGAGAGACAACUAGUGAUUACUCUGUCCUGUCUGUUUGAAAGCUCAGACUUGCUUUAAAUGUUUGACAAAUGUUACCUAAAUGUUUUCUAUACAGUGUCUGCAAAGAUCAAGGAACAGUUGCAUAUAAAGCAUUUUACCAAGA